AUGUUUGCAAGUAUGCGCGUCGCUAAUUCGGCUGUUAUAUUGCUGAUUGCUUUCAGCUUUACGGGGGCACUAUCGGAGGAAAGUGCAUCGGAUAAUGUUCCCGAUGUUAUCGAUUCAGACACUCUGACAACAGGAAUAUCAGAAGGAUCGACGGAAAAAGACGAUGACAAACCGAUCGGUGUGAUCUAUCUGUUCAAUCUUUUCAAAAUUCCAAGGACGAAUCCUGAACAGGAUGUCUUAAAAGAGGACAAUAACAUUGAAACUGGUGAACAAGACGAAAAGAAUUUCAGAAAUGUUUUGGUUAUUGAAGCUAUUCCCAUUAGAGGUCCUUUGAUUUCAGAAGAUGUCACGCCGAACAACGAAGAUGAGACGGUUGCUAAGUCUCAGAGCCCAGAAGCAUCCGAGACGGAAUCUGAAAAUACUGAAAUAAAGAACGAAGAAACUGAUGUGAUCACCGAAGAUGUAAACGUGGACGCAUCUACACCAUUGCCAUUAUUAAGAGCAAAACGUCACCAUUGCAAGAAGUGCGGAGGUGGUUACAGUGGUUACGGUGGCGGAGUACCAUACGGCGGUGGCGGCUAUAGCAACUACGGUAGCGGUUAUGGCGGCGGAUACAGUGUUCCGGCUAAGAUUGAGGUCUACAAAGUGGUUCCUGUGAGCACGGGCUAUGUUGGGUACGGCGGUGGUGGCGGACAAGGAUAUGGUGGACAUGGAUAUGGACACGGUGGCGGCGGCGGUGGAUACCCAAGUUAUCCAAGUUAUCCCUCUUAUGGAGGUGGCGGUGGCGGUUGCAAGAGCGGUUGCGGCGGAGGUGGCGGCGGAUAUCCUGGAAACAGUUAUGCAAGCAGUGGUUCUUACAGCCAGGCUUCAAGCAGUAGUUGGAGUAAUGCUGGUUCUUCUGGAUGGGGUAGAUAAAACAUCCAGCACAAGAAAUCAAAAAGUUUAAAUAUUCAUCUGAUGUUGAAAAUAUUCUAAACGAACUGAAAUAAGUUAAAGAUUAGAGAUGAUGUUACUAGUUGUAAUGAUUUUGUUAAUUAAU